CUUGUCGUAUUUCAUCAGACAAUAAUCUGCAUCCAUCAUCGGUGAAAUCACAUAUUCCAGAUUCUUAUCGCCAUGAACUCACCAGGAAACCCCAGCCGGCCCACCGAACCAGAGGCUCAGCUCAGCAGCCGUCGUCGAGAGAGCUUCGUCUCCCAAGAUUCACAGACCGCUAAAGAGUACAUCGACUCCCAGUUACAGCUCGAAGCUGAUGCUCGUGAAGUUUUGCCUUAUUCUUUCGACUCUUGUACCCAGGAAUUAGGCCCGUUGCGACAAACCCUCUUCGCGUGUUUGACCUGCAACCCCCCGCCUUCAAAUAGCGAUGAUCCUUACACAUCCGCGGCUGUCUGUUACUCGUGUUCAAUUUCAUGCCAUGGCGAGCAUACCCUAGUAGAACUUUUUACGAAAAGAAAUUUUAUAUGUGACUGUGGCACAACUCGGUUUCCAGAAGCGUCAACAUGUUCACUUCGAAUGAACCCUACAACUAGGACGAAAGGCGUCCAUUCUCAAAAGCCAGCGGAAGGGAACAAGUACAACCACAAUUUUCGCAAUCGGUUCUGCGGAUGUGAAGAAGAGUAUGACCCGCAUAAAGAGAAAGGGACAAUGUUUCAGUGCCUUGGCUUAGGGAGCGUCGAUACGGGUGGAUGUGGAGAGGACUGGUGGCAUCCGGAAUGUCUUCUUGGUCUUCCUCGCGGAUGGCAAAAUGCAGCCAAGGAACAAGAAAAACCGAAAGCCGAAGAGGGGACCGAUGGGACAGAGGAGAAUAAAGUUGGAGAAGACGAGGAGGAGACACCUUUGCCUCCAGGAUUCCCUGAUGAAGAUGACUUCGACACGUUUAUUUGUUACAAGUGCCUAGAUUCUAAUCCCUGGUUGAAACGGUACGCCGGCACGAAGGGAUUUUUACCUCCAGUCUACAGGGGUGACCGCACAGAGCAACCGGAUUCGAAAUCCGCUGAGAGUAAUCAAAAUGCGAAUGACCUUACACAAUCUCGAAAACGCAAGGCGAAAGACGAAGAAAGUGAACAAGAUCACGACGCCAAGCGCUCCAAAGGAGAUGACUUGAAUAAGUUGGAAACAAUUCAAGAAGACGCUCGAAGCUCCGAAUCGGUCAAGCAUAAACACGAAUCUCUUCCUGAGGCCCCUGUCGGUACACUGUCCCUGUUCUUAAAAGAAGAUUUUCGUGAACAACUGUGUCAAUGCCAAGACUGCUUCCACAACCUCGUUCCUCACCCACAGCUUCGAGAGGAAGAGGAGCCAUAUGAACCGCCAUUGUCUGAGGAUGGGGACGAGGCGAAUGGCGGAGGCAGUCAAGGCACUGGAAGCCUUCUAGACCGUGGAGAAGCAGCUCUCAGUAACAUCGAUCGAGUGAGAGCCAUUGAGGGCGCUAUGGUUUACAAUCACUUGCGGGACAAGGUGAAAGCCUUUUUGAAACCAUUCGCCGAAAGUGGGCAGGCCGUCGGUGCAGACGAUAUCAAAUCCUAUUUUGAAAAGCUGCGAGGAGAUGACCUAGCUAUCAAGGAAGCUGGGGGCCAAGCCUCUGCUUUUAGUAAUAGCGAACAUGACGAUGAUAACGGAGAAAACGGUGGCAACCGAAAGGAACAAAGCGGAUAUUAAUUACUCAUACUCGAGAUAUUCAGGGAUGGGACAGAAUAGGAUGUGACGAUGGGACGAUGGGACUCCGGAUUGGCGUUAAGGGACGAGCGGUAAGGGUUUGGAAAUAUAGUAAAGAUCACGGCAUAUGUUUUAACGCCAAGUCAAAUCGACCUGAUAUAAAAGACACUUGGAGAAUCGAUCAGACCAUGCAAUUCACA